CCACUGCGCACCAUGAUGACGAUGUUGCCCGGAGCCGAAGGCAAUACGCCACCAGCUGGAAGGUCAGGGGGUUCGGCGGGAGAUGCUAAAAGAAGAGAGCGAGCAGCGCGGAAGCUUGAACAGCAGGAGACUGAGGCAGCAGCGGGAAUUGAUGAUGGCUCCUCCAUGAUGACGCUCAAGUACAGCUUCCAAGAGCCGGUUGGCGAUAUCCACAUCACAGAAGAUUGGUCAGGGGAUGGGAACGGGCUGGCAGGCCUGCAAUGGCCGGGCGGUGUCGUGCUCAGUCGGUACAUGGAUUGCAGGCAGGCUUUUCCGGAAGACCAUUUUGUGGGCCGUCGAGUGAUCGAGGUUGGGGCGGGGUGUGGACUGACGAGCAUCUAUACCGCCCUUCGCGGAGCAAACGUAACCAUCACAGACAUGGACCCAGCCAAGUGCGCCGACAACGUGGACAUGAACCUAGAUCCGCGAGGACUGUCGGGCAAGGCCUCAGUGCGGCGCCUAGAAUGGGACUGCGCGGCCGAACUGGCGAUGUUCGAGCCCCCCUACGACGUUAUCAUCGCGGGGGACUGCCUUUACGAAGAGGCGUGUAUCUCACCGCUACUCAAGACCAUGUGGGCGCUGUCCGGGCCUAACACAGAGGUCUUGUUGAGCGGCGUGGUGGGGCAUUCGGUACUGGCGAGCUUCUUGGGCGCGCCACUACUUCGAGCUAGAGACGGUAGACACGUCCAAGAUUGACACGCUGGCGGAGGAGCUGCCGCUCGGCACCCUGAGCGAUGCGGCGGCGGUAGAGGCAGCCCUGGCCCGAGCAAGAGCUACCGCCGGGCCCACGGGUCUCGACCCCGAUGCUGCGACGCUCCCCUUGACUAAGAGGGGGCCGGAAGAGAAG